AUGCUACACAAAUGGGGAGUCAUACCUCACCCAAAUGGAAACAGAAAUAGCCAACUCAUCGUUCCAUUCUUCAACCCCUCCAUUCCACCUCCAGACCACUAUUCGACGAACCUCAACCAGCAUAGAUUCAAACCUCAAUUCCCUGCCAAUUCAUUCACUUCUCCCAGCCACCGUGUCACUAGAUCGAUGGAUAGAUUCAACCCAGAUGGUCCUCCUCCUGGUAUAAUGAAAUCUGCAGACAACCGCCAGUUCGGACCAGCUCCCUCUGAGCCUUCCGAAGAGGCAAAUUUUGGAUCAAGCACUGAGCUAUGCGCUGGACCCCCAGUGAGACCUCCCAUACCACCCGUUGGACUGAUUCAACCAUCGAAAAUUGCUGUUGUGCAACAAACUUCUAGUUCUGGAUGUCCAGAACAGGAGGAGCUCAAUUCGCCGCCUAACGAUCCCGAAAGCCAGCAAAACGCAUCGAUUGUUAUGACUCAACGUGUGGAACCUGAAAUACAUAAAAUUUCAGGCGCCAAAGGACCCAUAGAGAUUUUGAGCAUCAAUGAUCAAUAUGAAGACUGCGUUCAAAUUCUUGCCACUGCUAGAACCGACCUCGCCACUUUGAAAACGGAAUUAGAGCAGAUAGACAAGAAGUUGGAUGACAAGAUGUUCUUAACCAAAACUCUCCAAAUUGUGACCAGUGAGAAAACCAAAAAACUCCAUAAGAAGAUCCGUGAAGUUUCUCCAAGUCAAACAACAGCCGUAGAGCUGCGAGAUCUAUACACGGAAGCUCAAAAUGCCUUAUCUCAACAGAUUAAUGUGGAACAAAAUUUAGCGGAAAUGGAGAGAUUAAGAGCUGAAAAUCUAGCUGCUCGUAAUUUAAAAAAUAAUGAGAUACAGGCAAAAGAGGAUGAAGUUCGAGACUUGGAGUGGCAGUGUAAAGUUAUGGAUACUGUGUUCAAUAGAUCUUCAGUUCUGCUGAAGGUCUCUGGAGCAUUGGUGCAAGAACCAGAGGAUAUAAAGAUUCCUGGUUUGGUUUAUAUGGUUGAUGAGCUGAAGAUGAAGCUGGAUAGCAACCCAUACAUCUUGGAUGAAGAGCUCACUCCUCCGGAACUCGCUAUUCUGGAAAUAGUUUAUAAAAGCAAAAAAAUGGGGCGAGUUAUUAAAAAACUGAAGAAAUGGUGGCGAGUUGAAAUACUGAAAGAAAUUCCGAAUGACAAGAAGAAGAUGAAAGAAGAAGUAUCAAACCAGGGAAAAAAUUUAGAAGAAAUUUCGCUGCCACCGAUUGGGAAAACGGAAAAAAUGAUGGCAAGGGGUCUCAACGGAGGCGAAUCAAAGCCAUCUUCAUUUGACGUCCCUAAACUGAGAAGCGAGUCACCAGAAUGCCAUGAAAAAGCCAACAAAUUGGACAGAAAACGAGCUAGGACUCCGAUAAAGUCUCGUGGAAGAGGAAGUGUUCGAGCGUUUGACGAUGAGUCUAGCUUUGAUAGGAAACAAGAUGCUAGAAACAAGAACCGACUUUACGUUCCACCUAUUCAUUCAGGUUUCGAUAAUCAUCCUCAAUUAAAUAAAAAACCAAGAAAGGAUGAGGUUCGUACACUUCGAAACCAUUUCGGUAGUUGGAGAGUCCCACGGAGGAAGCGAGACGAGGACCAUAACAAAAAUCGUCGAUCCCGUUCCAGAAGUUCAACUAGACAGCAGACCGAUGAUAACGGCGAUGAUGUCAUCUACAUCAAAACAAAAAUCAAAAAAAUCUGA